AUGUACGGCAUUGGCGGGUUUUGGGCUCCACCCGAGGAUUACCAAUUAAAGAAAAAGGAGAAUACUGAGCUUCGAGACCAAAAACCGUCACAUAGCCUUAACGCAGCCCCCAAGCCAAUUUUUACGAGAAAUGGUACAGAGACUUCUCGAAACACUGGUGUAAAGAACGGAACAAAAGAGGAUACCAACACUGAGAACAAAGGCGAGUUGAAGGCUGCCUUGAAGCCGAAGGAACCUGAGGUUUCUAAGGGGGAGGCCAAGCCCACCAGGACCGCCGCACCAACGGAGCUCAACGACAAUAUUCACGCGUUACUGGUUGUGAGCGAUGCUGCUGCCUCAGCAGUUGCGGGCAAGGAGGCUGGGAAGAGGGUGCCAAUGAAGGACGCAGACGGCAAUACUGCGGAGUACGAGGCGGACGAAGUUGUGCGAGCCAACAGUUUGAACGUGGGGAGCUCUGUGCUGCUACAGGAGCUCCUGCGCCAGGUGGAGGCGAGCCAUCACUGUGCCGUGAUCCUGGCAAACGGUAAGCUGCAGGAAUCGGUCAGCCUGAACGUCGCGCAGACCUUAUUGAAGUCCGUCAUUGCCACACUCAAGAGGAACGAGGAGGAGAAGGGAACAAAGUACGAGGUAUACAUGACCGCCGCCGCAAUUUCAUCUGUCGAUAGUAUGAAGGACCUUUUCGCUUCCUCGACCAAAGAGGCCAAGUCAUUGCAGCUCGGAUUUAACCCAAUGUACGGCGCAUGCAUCGUGGACCUCCAGGAUAGGACGGUGAAGAAUGAAAUUGAGGCCGAGAAGUUUCUGCAAGACGCGCUAAAGGCGUCAACUGAUGCCAAAGAGAUUGUUUUUAUGCAUUUGGUGGUGAAACAGAUCAAGAAUCGGGGUAGCAUGCCCCCCGAUGUGUUUCUCUCGGCGCUGCAGGUCGCGUUCCUCCGGGGGCGAUCUGACUGCCUUGCGGCCCUCCACGAAAAGGAUGAGAAAGUUGUGCCCGUUCCCCUCUUCAGGGACGCAGUGGGAGGCAACAGCUACUCGCUGGUUGUUGCUGCCGUGUCCGGGGGUGAUGCCACGGGGGAGACGAGUAUUCUCAAGAACGUUGAGAAACUGCGGAAGGUGAAGAAUUUCCCCCCGCGCAGCGGCAAUCUCGCCCGCUUCUUGGAGUUCACGCAGGAGGAGGAGAGAAGGUGCAGGUCUAUGGCGGAGUCAUCAAAAGAUGCUGCGGAAAAGGCACGGUAUGGACGGCUAAUGCGAAAGAUGGUGAUAGUACUGGAUGACGCAAAGGAAAUGAUGGCCAUGCCGGAAGCUGUGAAGCCAAAGGUCUACACUUCCUCUCGAGUUUCGCGGGAAAACGCCAUUGAUGGGGCGAAGCAGAAGCCAGAAGACACGAAGCCGGAAGAGACGAAGUUGGAAGUCGCAAAGCCAGAAGAAAAGAAGCCAGAAGGCGCGAAGCCGGAAGAGAAUAAGCCGGAAGGCGCGAAGCCGGAAGAGACGAAGUUGGAAGUCGCGAAGCCGGAAGAGAAGAAGUUGGAAGUCGCAAAGCCAGAAGAAAAGAAGCCAGAAGACACGAAGCCGGAAGAGAAGAAGUUGGAAGUCGCAAAGCCAGAAGAAAAGAAGCCGGAAGGGAAGAAGCCGGAAGACACGAAGCCGGAAGCGACGAAGUUGGAAGUCGCAAAGCCAGAAGAAAAGAAGCCGGAAGGCGCGAAGCCGAAAGAGAAUAAGCCGGAAGGCGCGAAGCCGAAAGACACGAAGCCGGAAGAACCGCCGAAAGAGACAAAGCCGGAAGAGACGAAGCCGGAAGACGCAAAGCCAGAAGUUAACAAUUCCCUUCUUCCUUUGCGGGAAAGCGUCACUGAUGAGGCGAAGCCGAAGCCGGAAAGCGCGAGUACGGCUGCAACCUCCAAAUCGAAGGCGUUGGAGAGCAGUGAUCCUGCUGGGGGCGAGGCUGAACCGUGGCAGAACUCCGUGAGGAUUGCAGUAACAGUAGGAAAGCAGCCUGUAAGCAAUACCAUCGAUUUGUCUGUGAAGGGGGAAUUAAAAAAGUGCACCGUUGAUGAGCACAUUAAUUGUUUUGAGGGGAUGCCAAUUGAAUCGAAGGUGGCCAAAAGAAUGCAAAAAAUUUUGGGGGAUGGUAAUAACAUAGCGCUUUUGGCUGCGGAGGUAAUCCCUGGGUUGGCGGUAGAGAAACAAAUUACAUGGAGCAUUGUGCAGAGCAUCCUCGAGGGUGUUUUGAAGGAGACAAGGAAUGGUCUCGCCAAUGAGUUUACGCUUUACAUGAGCGUUGUGAAGGGAAAACAGGUUGUGUCCGACCUGUUUGGCAAGGCUGAGGCAAGGCCGCUUGUUGUUGCGAGCUCUUCGCUAUAUGGUGUGGUUCUGCACGAAAUGACACCAAAGGUGGUGAAGACCGCGGCCGAUGUGGAACCCGUUCUCCGUUCUGCGCUUACGAGGGCUGCGGAGCUGGUGAAGGACGAUGAAUACAUUGUGUGCACAGCGGUAUUGAAGCAAAUUUUUGAGGGGGAUGUAAAGGUUGCAUCUCUGUUUGCGAUGAGUGCGCUCGACAUGCGGCCCUAUGUCGGAGUUAUGGAAAAGAAUCCAGAGUACGUGCGCCAACUUUUUGGCCAUGCUUUCAUUGGGUCCUGCUCUUCAGCGGUGCUUGUCAGCUAUGCAACCCUUGAUGAGAAAGCCACGGAGGCCCUCAAUGCCCAGUCCAAGGUCAUGCUGACAAACAGUAAGCCGCGUGGUGGCAGUGUCAAGGUUUUUGUUAAGAACAUGACGGAGGCGAUUGCGUCCGCCGAGGCGAAGUUACAGAAGGCCACUACUCCGAAGGAAAAGGAGCGCUGUGAAGCGUCCUUGAAGCAGUUGCAACAGCGUCUCGCAGAUGCCAAGGAGCUGCUACAGAAGCCGGAGGAAAUACAGCCCGCCGCCUAUGCGGCUCCCACACAGGACGGCAGCGCCGUUGAUUCCCGCAUCCGCGUGGUGGCCGUUAUACUGAGAGACGCAGCGGU